GAUACUGCUUAACCAUACACCUCAUGGGAUUUGUUUCCUUGGUUCAAAGAGCUAGGGUCAUUGUUUUGUAGAUUAUUUCAGUCAAUUUGCCUAAUACUGGUUUUAGUGUUUCUUUUCUACCUACUAGUUCACUCUGUAGUGCCUGAGGUCUAAAAGUUUGUGAGCAGUCAUCCAAGGUGCAACGAUUGGUCUCUGUUCAUCUGGAGCAGCAGAGAAAAGGAGAGCCAAGUGGAAGAGGAAUCAUUCUAUAUCUGAUUGCUUCUGUUACCAACUGUCUCUCCACCAUGAAGCCGGAAGUAAUCGGAUGGUGCCCAGAGUAUUUUGGAAGUCAAGAGAAUGGAAAAUGAGAAUAUCAACAUUUGAUGCAGAUGAGAAAAUCUCAACUUCAUACAAAAGAAAAUAUUUUAGAAAGAAGAAGAAGAAGAGGAAGAGGCCAUUGGAAAACACUGAAGAACGUGCUGAUGAGCAGCAGACCUCUGAGCAAGUGACCACAUUUCCCUGUUCCAUAUGCAAGCACGAAAUUGAUCUACCUGGUUUUUUCUUCCAUAAAAAGCAACAUACAGCUCUGACCUCAUUGGGUUUUCACUGGAUGGGUGAGAAGAAACCACUGCGAUCAGAGAUUGUUGCUCAGAGGCAGUUUUUAAUUACUAAACUAUUGUCAUCUUUUAUAUUCAGUGAAAAAGCCCUACAAACCAUUAAUAACGCUUUUGAGCUAAUGUGGAAGAAACAAGUACCAGCAUACUAUAAGAUUAUUGAUAACAUUGACAGGAGUUCUGUAUAUUCUCAAAAAAUACACCAUCUAUUGAUUAAAGGAGUAGCCAUCUGUGAAGACAGGAAUUCUGCAUGGAGAACUACCAUGGAAGAUAAAUUCACUAUAGUGAAUAAUUUUGGCAAUAAAUCCAACGUGUGCUUUUUUGGUUUGUUUGAUGGGCAUCAUGGUGUCUCAGCAGCAGACUUGGCAUCGAUGGAACUCCCAGUUUUACUUCUCCAACAAAUUUCCAGAUUUGAUCCCUCCUUCCAAAUGACCCCUGAACAACAAAAAGUAAUCGAUUCUUUUCACACUGUGUUUAAGGAAGAAUACACAAAAAUAGAAGACUGCUUCUCUUUCAUUCCCAAAAAGACAAAAGCAUUGCACGGUGACUUUGAGGCCAUACAUAAAGCCUUUGCAAAAGCAUUCUGGAGAAUGGAUAGGCUUUUACGUCUUGGAAGGAAAGAAGUGUCCAGAGUUCAAUGGAGCGGCUGUUCUGCAGUUACUUGUAUAUUGGAAGGCAACAUUAAAUGUCUUCAUGCUAAUAACUAUUGGAGACGAAAACAUGGCCAUGGGAAUUUGAUAGAGAGUGCCUCUUUUGGAAAGAUGCCACAAAUAAUUUCUGGAGUAUUACAUGUUGCAAAUGCCGGUAAUGUGCAAGCAGUCUUAUGCAGAAAUGGUAAAGGUUUUUGCCUAACCAAAGAACAUACUACGCAAAAUGCAAUGGAAAGAAGAAGAGUACUUCAUAAUGGAGCAGUAAUUAAUUCAAAUGAACCAAAUGGGCUCCUAGAAGGGCAAACAAAAACCACACGAGGACUUGGAUUUCACGGAAAUCUCAAACUGAAAAAACUCAUUAUUCCAGCACCUCAAACUAUCUCAGUCCCUAUAGAUGACUUAUGUCAAUUCCUUGUACUAGCUACUAAUGGACUUUGGGAAGUUCUGGAUAAAAAUGAAGUUAUCGCACUGGCAAUGACAAUGUUUCACACAUAUAAAGAAAAAUACUUCAUUAUAGAAAACAAAUCUUCACCAUCCAAACUCAGUGAACCAAGUACUACAAAACCAGAAAGUAAUAUCCACGUAUUGUAUCAGUAUAAACCUUUAUCUAAAGAACAAGUGCCAACUAUAAAUUCAAAAGAAAAUUUGUGCGGUUCAAAAUAUUCUCAACAGUCCAUCUGUGACCUUGAAAAUUUAGAAACAUUUCCACCAAAACUGACUAUUCACCAGUGUUACAGUACAGAAAAAACUGAUAGACAAGUCAGUGUAGAUGGUGUGCCAAGAGAUCCGAAUGAGAAGGAAAAGGAAGCACGCACUAACAGCUUCUAUGAAGAUGCGGCUAAGUACGUUAGCCAGGAACUUGUAAAUGCUGCUUUAACAGCUGGCUCCAGAGACAACAUUACAGUUGUGGUAAUACUUCUCAGUGGAAGUGAAUAUCAGUUUCUGAUAUAAAAAGAUAAUGUUCUGAUUUUCCAGAAUACAAAGACAUUUAACACCAUAAAGGCAACUCUCCAACGAACCAGACAUUAGAAUACAUCGAUAUUAUGUAAGUCAUUUUUAAGAGCAUAGUAAAGAAAAAAGAUUUUAAGUUACAUAAUACCAUUUACACAU